CGGGCCGAGCGGGUUUCAUUGAGCGGAAUUAGCCGGAUGACAUCAGCUUUGCAGCCCCUCGGGCCGGCCCAGCUCAUUGGAGCCGCGGCCCCUCCAGGAAAAGCACAUUGUUCCCGCCCCCGCCCGGACCACCGCCGCCGCCGUCGCCACUGCCUCCACCCGCCUAUAAAAACCCGCGGAACCCCGAAAGGUGUGGGUGCUUCCUACAGACCGAGCCGACACCAGCGCCGGCCGCCAGGUUCUCCUCUGCAGCGAGCACCUCGAAUCCAGUUCACAUUCUGACAGUUGAAAAAGGAAGGACCCUUCGAAAGCUAAGAUUAUCCCCGGGGCCAUGGACUCGGACGCCAGCCUGGUGUCGAGUCGCCCGUCGUCGCCAGAACCCGAUGAUCUUUUUCUGCCGGCCCGGAGCAAGGGCGGCAGCAGCAGCGGCUUCACAGGGGGCACCGUGUCCUCGUCCACGCCGAGCGACUGCCCGCCGGAGCUGAGCGCAGAACUGCGAGGGGCCAUGGGCGCAGCGGGCGCGCAUCCCGGGGACAAACUGGGCGGCGGCGGCGGCUUCAAGUCUUCUUCCUCCAGCACGUCCUCGUCCACGUCGUCGGCGGCCACGUCGUCCACCAAGAAAGACAAGAAGCAGAUGACGGAGCCCGAGCUGCAGCAGCUGCGUCUGAAGAUCAACAGCCGCGAACGCAAGCGCAUGCACGACCUCAACAUCGCCAUGGACGGCCUGCGGGAGGUCAUGCCGUAUGCGCACGGCCCGUCGGUGCGCAAGCUCUCCAAGAUCGCCACGCUGCUGCUGGCGCGAAACUACAUCCUGAUGCUCACCAACUCCCUGGAGGAGAUGAAGCGGCUGGUGAGCGAGAUCUACGGCGGGCACCACGCCGGCUUCCACCCGUCGGCCUGCGGCGGCCUGGCACACACGGCGCCGCUACCCACAGCCACAGCGCACCCCGCCGCCGCCGCCGCGCACGCCGCGCAUCACCCCGCCGUGCACCACCCCAUCCUUCCUCCCGCCGCCGCCGCCGCCGCCGCCGCCGCCGCCGCUGCAGCCGUGUCCAGCGCCUCCCUGCCGGGCUCCGGGCUGUCCUCGGUCGGGUCCAUCCGGCCUCCCCACGGCCUGCUCAAGUCUCCGUCGGCGGCCGCAGCCGCCCCUCUCGGAGGCGGGGGUGGCGGCAGCGGUGGCAGCGGUGGCUUCCAGCACUGGGGCGGCAUGCCUUGCCCCUGCAGCAUGUGCCAGGUGCCGCCGCCGCACCACCACGUGUCGGCCAUGGGCGCCGGCAGCCUGCCGCGCCUCACCUCCGACGCCAAGUGAGCCGGCCAGCGGCGUGCGUUCUGGAGAGCCAAGGGCUGUGGAGCAGCCAGGACUGGCCAGCGCUGGGGCUCCGGAGCUCUGCUGCAAGAAGGGGAG